CAAAGUGUUCCUAUAGUUAAAUUUAAUUAUACGUAUUCAUUUAUAAAACUCUUUUUUAAUCAUGGAGAUAAUGGAGGAUGGUAAUUUAAUGGACAAAGUCCACAUAUUGUUACAAAGAGACUUGGAAUAUUACAAGAACAAGCAGUCGGUGUUGCAAGAAACUAUUUGUCCAGGAAUCGUGGGCGGUCGUCUCGAUUUCCCCAGAUUCGCCACAUUUGCCUCGGUCAAAUUGGUCUUGUGGUGGGAGGACGAGUUCUUUGCGGGCUUCCGUAAGAACUCCGGAUUGAUUCCGAAAGCAAACCAAGAUCUAAGUGCGGUCGAAGCUUUGGAGACGGGCGGACCAAUUGUAAAGAAGUCCGAUCCCGAAAAAUUCAUGGUGUCGAUUGGAAAAUCAUCCGAGCAACUGCUGGAUCAUCUUCAUGUUUUAACUCAGGAAGCCUUAGACCACGCGGAUUUGACCGUGUUAAUGGGCGCACUGGGUGCAGCAGCUUUGAUUAAAAAUAGUCUUUGGUUUUAUGUGCAGCGGUGUCCCAUUAAGCAGGGUUAUUCGAAUCCGUUGCAAAGCAUGUAUAAACAGUUUCAAGAGAUGGUAGAGGCUUUGGCUGAAAGAUUAUUGGACAUGCAUUGUCGACUGAUUUCACUUUACAUCUUACAAGAUGCAGAAUCCUUAGAUUGGGAAAAUCAUAAGCCAUUUUUUGAGUCUGAAAGAGGGUCUUAUGUUGUUCAAAUGUGGUGGACUUAUAUGCAAGGUACCAAGCAAGAUCUUUGGAAUUCCGUUCCACCCAAAAUGGCGCAGAUGGUACUAGCGGGUAUGCUAAAUGAAUCGUUAACAAUUCUGGCCGUUAGAUACAUGCAGGCAAAGCCAUCAGAAUGUCGUAGCAAACUCUUCGCAGUAGAUAUUGCUAAUCUACUGUUGUGUGUUGGUCAACUUCUUCCGUGCAUUUGUAACUGCGCCGACGAAAUUAUUGGGCUCUCUCUCAAUUCUCAAAGUAAAAUUAUUCGAGAUAUUCACGCCAAGUGUCAAGAAUUGUUCCUAUGUCUACUUCUGAGAGGCAUUCCUCUUAACAUUUUAUACAAGGUGUUUAGAAAAGACGUCGACAAUUUGGAAAUAUUUCGAUCUCGUUCGUCAUCCCCCAGCCCAUGGGUAACGAUAGCGCUUCCGCACAUUUUCCCAGAAUAUCCCAAAGGAGUUACAUCACUAUCAGACCUAAGAGACAACUACGCUAUCGCUUUGGAAAUAAUGGGAAUGUUAGCACAACCCCAACCCAAUUGGGCGUCACUUUUAAGGGUCUUGGGUAUGCGAAAUGGUAAAGUAAGUUUGGAACUGCUAACCUUGUCGAUCGAGAGAGGUUCUCCAUCGAAAUACGCAUUUGUCAAAAGCCAGCAAAGUGUAGAAUGCGAUGGUUUUUUGUGUCUUGGUGACGAUAGCUGCAAGACUACUUAUUCCAAUGCUGUCGUCUGCGAUCCUGAUUAUUACUAUGAUCUUUCUGUCGCCCUAACCAGUGUAAUUUUGACCGUGGGUAAUAACACAGAGUUUACGGAGUUGUUAAUAUCGACGAUCGACACCAAUAAAGGCUGGGCUCAAUGUAUGGACAGGCGUGAGGUUUGGAACCUCAACUACCCUGCUUGGUACAGCGCAAUUCUAAGCUUUGUGAAACCAUUUCUUGAGCCAAUUACGUCGACUGUUAUUUCAGCGGUACAAACAGGCGCUAGUAUGUAUCAGGCGAUGACUAUUGUCCUUGCCUGCUUUAUGCAGCUGUGGGAUUCGAUUCACGAUGCUAUUCCUAGGAUUGCGUUUUUAAUGCAAGACAUUCUUCCGGCGGAUGUCACGCCGCUUGGAAGAUCUGCUUUAAUACAAAUUUUAGUUAGUGCGUUAUACAAAGAGCUCAUUUAUAAAUCGGAAGGAAACAGGAAGAGUGUAACAUUUGCUGGAGACGAGGCUAGUGUUUCAAAGUCGUUAGAACAUAAAAACUCGGUGUGUAGUUUUGACGGAAUGAAUAGCUCCUCUGAAGCGGUUGCGCUAGCAGUUGCAGAAGCGCUUUGUAGUAUCGAUGAAGAUGAUAAACAUACAGCUGAAAUAGAAGAGCUAUUGAAACAGGCAAAAGAAGCAUUGGAAUACAACGAACAGUGCGAAGGUUGCAAGAGAGUUGAACAGAGUGUGCAGAUGUGCGAGGCCCUUGUGAGCGAUUUGUUGAUGACCACUGAGGGAAAAAAAGGUCUAAAGGUUAUUCAUAGUUUCUUGUUGGGCAAUUCCGAAUGGUUACUCCAACGCCUUAAUGUGAGUGAGCAGACAACGCCAUUUGAACCGAACCACACCAAUCCGCCGAGCAACAAGUUGUUGCACACUAUGUUUCAUGUGGGCUAUCGGCCAUUUGAUCAGCUACUAACUGGAGAAUGGCAACCAGACUGGACUAGUUUCUUCCACAUACCGAUGGGUUUAAGUGUGGACAGGGUGUGGAAUCAAGUUUCGAUGCGCUGGGAAUUUAAUGAUUCUAGUUUGUGUAAUUUAUCUGCUCACGAUGCGAAAAUUGUACUAGAUAUUACUACUGUGUUAAAGCAAGGAUGAAUUA